GACUCGUGAGCGGAAUCAUUCAUUGUGUUGCAUGACUGUCUCGACGAAGAGAUGCCGAGACCGUCAUUUCUGAGUUUAGAUAUUAUCUUCAAACAAUAAACACCACAUUCGCUAUCGGUAUUGCUCGCAUGCAGAAUCUAUGAAAGGAUUCGACAAGCAGAAACAAGCGAUUGGAGGGAAAUUCUCUAUCCUAAAAGAUAUUGUGUUGAAUCGAAAGUCAACCAACCCAUUUCCGUUGUACCUACAGAGCACCAAUACAAGAUGAUGCGACAUCAACACCACCAUCCCAACAGCCGUCGUGAGUACCGUGGAGGAUGGUCGACUUCCAUGGGCGCUUUGCUCGAUGAUCCCAAUCGGAAGAGCAAUUGCUGCGCAUUGACUUGUUGCGGGAUAUUCUUGUAUGAUAGAACAAACUAUCUGGUAACGGGGAAUCGUCCCAACUGGACGCAACGUCAGGUCACGGUUCUGAUAAUACCGCUGCUGCUUGUGUUUGCUAUUGCCAUUACCUCGGCAAUGGGGGAGAUCGAAUGCGAGGUAUGGGACGACGAAUGCAUUAUACUAUAUAGUCUUCUCGUUUUUUCCCUUCAAGCCAUUUUUGUGGCCUAUCUUAUUUUCUUGUGCUGCUGGGGCAGGCAAAGUCAUGGAACCCUCCGCCAAGCCGUCCACCGGAAAAUGAGAGACCAGCAACGCGGAGAAAAACAUUUCGAAGAGCAGCUAUCGGAUAUGGAUAUCGCGGUCAUUGAACAACCAGUAGGCUGCUGCUCAUGUUAUCCCUACGAUGUGGAGGUUUCGUUGGAUGCCGUCGGAGAUGACAUAGAUGUCGCCCGUAAAUUGAUGAUUCCAUCGUCCGCCGAUCUUUCGACGUGCUUGUUUCGGGUCUGGAGCAAUUUCUGCUGCGGCACUUUGUGUCAGUGUUGGUGCCAGUGCUGCGGGAUGUGUGCCAUUGGACAGGAAGACAGGGAACUCGAACUUAUUCUCAAAAAGAAUGACAAUCCCGGGGCUCUUCACAUUGAUUACAUCACGUUCCAGCCAUAUUCAGAGUACUUUCCAGCGAUCCGCGCCAUACAAAAUUCCAGGGAAGCAUCGUUUUCUAAACACUGGUCGGCUUUGUCGGAGCUCUCCAAAAGGAUUCUACGCUGUGCAUUUUAUGUCAUAUUGAUAUCUUGCUCUCUCUUCGUUUUAUCUCAACAGGAGCACUACGGAAUCAAGAUUGGGGUGGCCUUGGGCGUUUGGAUACAGCCUUGUAUUGUCUUGUACUUUGUAUGGUGGAGGUGGAACCGAUUCGAUAUCUCUUUCGAUGCCGUUAUCAAGUACUUUGCGUCUGGUUACGUUAUUGGAGUUUUCCAGGCCUUCAUGGUUGAAACCAUCAUGUCCAUUCCCUAUGGUGUUUUUGCAACGAUUGAGCUUUCCUCGGAGGUGGUCAGCGAAGUCGGACAGAAUGCGACCGAUCCCACGACUUAUUUGGAGGAUAGAAAGAAUGUUGCGAAGAUGAUGAAGGAUUACUGGGGAGUAAAUGCUCUAUAUCUGUUUGUUGGGGCAUUUAUCAUGGCGGCCUUUGUAGAGGAGGUUGUCAAGUACUAUUGCUAUUGGACAAUAGAAAUGCCUGAGCAGAUUUACGACACACAGAAAUCAAAAAUUAGCCAAGCCAACUACGUCACGAUUGGGAUGGUAUCCGCCUCAUUAGGAUUUGCAUGCAAGGAAAACAUGCAAUAUGUAUUCCAAUCGCAAUACGUGGGAGAUGAACUAUUGACCCUUUUCUUGCGUUCUCUUCUAGCCUUACACCCGCUUUGUGCUGCAAUCCAGUCCCUUGGUGUUAUAAAACGUGACAUUCUAGGAGAUCCUUCAUCUUCCUUGGGGCGGAUUCUUUUACCAGCAGUCAUUUUGCAUGGGGCGUUUGAUUUUGCGGAAAUGUUGCUCGCUUACUUCCUUUAUAUUAAUGACUUAGAAGAGCAAGGGACGUUUGCCCCAUCGUCGGCACAAGACACAGGUUCACAACCUUCGUCAGGGAUUGGGAUAGUGUCGCCGGUUGGAGUUGGAGGUAUUUUUAUGAUCGUGGGAUUGAUGUAUUACUUUUUCCGUGCUCGUCUACAACAAAAUCAGCUUGCACUGGCUCACAUGAGCGAAUCUACAUCUGCUCUCGAGCUGAGCUCUUUUGUGUAGACAACAAACGAAACGGGAACCAAUAACAUUCGGCUCCGAAAAUAGAUGGAACCAAUCGAACGAUGACUUCAUCCUUUCCUUCAAAUCUCUCUUGGUGUUUGCGCUUGUGCUUCUGCGAUCGAAGAAAGGCAACACGUUGUCAUAAUGCUCCAUGAAAUGUAGCCGUACCUUGCAGCUGAGGUCCCGUCCCCGAUAUGACCAGAAUGAUUGUCUCCAUGUCUAGUUCCAGCUUUUGAUUUUGUGACGUUCCCGUGAAUGGGAAUGCUAUAUUUGAACGGAUGUGUUCAAUUGGUGAUAAAGCUAUCGCAUCCUUUAUCAGAAAAUAAAUUUAUUACUACUUCGAAUUUCAUAAUCUAAGCGCAGUUGCUCCUAACUGCUCUUAGCCCGAGUUAUUGUAGCCUUGUCUUUCCGUCUUCCGUUAUUGGGUAGUUGGUUGGUGCAAUAGAGGUCUAGCAGGGAG